UCCAUAUUUUUCGAGAUAUAACCGGAACUGUAAGUCCGUGCCCGUGGCUAGGGACAUCGUUUAGAAUGCAUAACCUGUCGCAUCAGUGUCGGCUGUGCUUGGAAAGCUUGGCGGAUACGAAAGGAUUUCCCAUUGCAGACGAAGAGCUGCAAGAAAAGUUGAGACUAUUGUUGGACUUUGAGAUCAUGCCUGAUCUAUCGUGGCUACCAACCAAGUCAUGCUUCAAUUGCGCAGGAAUAAUAGAUAAUUUCAUUGCCUUCAGGCAGAAAGUUCGCACAAACCAAAACUAUUUGUACUCACUGAAAGUAGAAGAAGGUCCCAAUGGAGCAGUGAGUUUGUCACAGGACGUGAAAGCAGCACUUCCCGAAAACAUUGAUGCCUUGCCUUCGACAUCUAUACCUACCCAUUGUCUGGAGGUAACUUACAAUUCUGGUAAGGAACUUGAAGGAGAGAACAAUUCAACCACUGGAAUAGCUCCCGUAAAUGAAGAAGUUGUAGUGAAAAAGGAACUAUCAUCCGAUGAAGACAUUGUUUGUAAUAGCCGUAGGGCACAGUCAGACCAUGAAGAUUCUAGCGAUCCUUUGGCCGCAAAACAGCAAAAGAAGAAAGUAAAGCGUGGUCGUCCUCGAAGGCGUCACUCGAGUUCAUCGUUAGUUGCUGCCGAUAGUGAUAAAGCGUCAAAGCGACGGAAAGCUACCGAGGAAGACGAACAACGAUUAAAGGAUUUUUAUCAUCUUGCCUGUGAAGUUUGUGCAACAGUUUCGGAAUCGUUUUCAGAUCUUCUGGCCCAUUACCGGACAGAGCAUAACACGGGGGGGUUUGUGCGCUGCUGUGACCGCACGUUCAAGAAGAAAUAUCUAGCGCUAGAACAUCUGGGUGGACAUAUGGGCACAAUAAGGUGCGAUAUUUGCAAUAAAACAUACUACAGCGCUAAUUCGCUUAAGCUACACAAACUCGAAAGGCACAGUGGUCCGGAAGCGAAACCAUACAAGUGUGAUAAGUGUCAUCAGUCGUUUCCAAAGCCGUACUUGCUGAAAUCCCACCUACAGCGCCACAAGCAGGAACCGUGUCCAACUUGUGGCAAGAUGUUGGGAAACCGGAGUGCCCUGAAGGUGCAUAUAGCAACGAUGCACGGGAACGUACCAAAUCUUAUUUGCGACAUCUGCGGUAAAGAAAUUGGCACAAAACAGACUAUGGAGCGGCACAUGAAUAUGCACAUGGGGCGUGAUACUGUCAAGCGAGUUCAGUGUGGCCAGUGUGAGAAAUGGUUUAAAGGAAACUAUGUGCUUAAAAAGCAUAUCCAACACAUGCACCUCGAACAAGGACAAACAUUUUCCUGCGAUGUUUGCCAACAGACAUACCCCAACAGUCGCUCACUAGCGACGCACAAGCAGACAACGCACGGUGAAGAGAAACAUAAAUGCGAGAUUUGCGGAAAACGGUUUAAGAAGAAAGAUUCCUUGCGGGAUCAUUUUGCAGUUCAUACCGACAAGCGUCUGUACGCCUGCGAAUUUUGCGAUUUAACUUUCAAAUUCCACUCUUCCAAAUAUUUCCAUCGCAAAACAGCACACCCAGCCGAACUGGCUGCUUUGCAACAAGCGAAGAAGGAAAAGGAAUCGCCCGAAAGUAAACCACGCUAGUUCAGAACGUCUCCAAAUCUCACCAUGCUAUUUAUUCCGCUUCUUUUUAAGGUGUAACAUUAAAUCAAAUGCAACCAUAAACAUUGGAUAUCAAUAAACGGCGACUAAAAACAGUUUCAUUAUGAAAAAUA